AUGGCGCUGCGCUUCUCCGCCAACCUCUCAUGGCUCUUCCCGGAGCUCCCGGCGCUGCCGGCGCGGCUGGAAGCGGCGGCGGCCGCCGGGUUCGGAGCGGUGGAGGCGGCUUGGCCGGCGGGCUGCCCGGCCCAGGAGCUGCGGGCCGCGGCGGAGCGGGCGGGGGUGCGGAUCGCGCUCCUCAACACCCCCCCCGGGGACCAGGAGGCGGGCGAGCUGGGGCUGGCGGCCGUGCCCGGGCGGCAGGCAGCCUUCCGGCAGGGCCUGGAGGCGGCCGUGCACUACGCCAGGGCCGUGGGCUGCCCCAGGAUUCAUGUGAUGGCUGGGCGGGUUCCCUUGGGCACAGACCGGGCUGCAGUGGCAGGUGAGAUGGAAACCACCUUCAUUGAGAAUCUCAGAUACACUGCUGACCUCCUGUCCCAGGAAGACAUGAUUGGACUGUUGGAGCCUAUUAACAGCCGCAUCACUGACCCUCGCUACUAUCUGAACACCCCACACCAAGCUGCUGCCAUCCUGGAGAAAGUGGGACGGCCCAACCUGAAGCUGCAGCUGGACCUUUUUCACUGCCAGAUCAUGGAUGGCAAUUUGUCCCGCAACCUGGAGACAUACUUCCCACUCAUUGGUCACAUCCAGAUUGCACAGGUACCAGGGCGGCACGAGCCCGAUAGCCCUGGGGAGCUGAACUUCCCCUACAUCUUCGAGCUCCUGGAGUCCCUCGGCUACACUGGCUACGUGGGGUGCGAGUAUGCUCCCAAGGGUGAGUGCUCUGCAGGUCUGAGCCCCACGGGCAGGGCCAAGCACAGACCAGCUGGCUGGGUACUGUGCCAAGACAGGCAGGUCCUCAGGGGCACAGGUACUGGGUGUUAUCCCUACCUGGGGAUGAGGGCUCUGUCCUGAACAGAAGCUGCUCCAGCUGCAACAGGAGACCUUGUCUGUCACUGCAGGAGACACCCUGGAAGGUCUGGGCUGGCUGCGAUCCUACUGGGAGAGCCGAGGGCUGCAGCAUGGUGGGACCAGCAAGGCAGCCAAGUAAAACUAGAAAACCAUGAGAAUAAAAGACAAAGCAAUGGCUUAAAA